AUGGCGGACCAAAAUAUCUCCCAGUACAAAUACUCGGCGAUGUCCAACCUGGUUCUCCAGGCGGACCGUCGUUUCAUCUCUCGCAUCAAUGAUGAACCCACCGGAGACCCAGAAUCCCUUGCCGGACGCAUCAGUAUUCGGGAGAUGGGCUCAAGGGUCGCGCAUGACGAUGCGCCGAAGACCAAGAAGAAACCCGUCGGACCUACAGAUAUCGAGCGAGGUGCGAUCCGAGAAGGCGAGGAUGUGCUCGCUCGAGAACAGAGAAAACGUCGCGGGCAACAGCAAUUACGCGGCCAGGGUAUUCUCUCCGCUGCCGAUGCUCUUAUCGAGGGGUUGAAAUACCGCCCUCGAACACCCGCCACCCGCGCGACCUACGAUCUCAUCCUUACGAUGACCGCGAGUCAUCUGGGCGAUGUCCCUCACGAAGUCGUCCGAAGUGCUGCCGAUGCUGUGUUGGAGCUAUUGAAGGACGAAGAUAUGAAGGAUUUUGACAAGAAAAAGGAGAUUGAUGACUUGCUUGGCAGCUCCAUGAGUCCAAAAGAGUUCAAUGAGCUUGUAAAUCUGGGAAAGAAGAUUACGGACUACGAUGCGCAAGACGAGGACGAAGAGAUGGAGGGCGGAAUGGACGGCCAGGAAGAGGCAGAGCUCGACGAACGCCAGGGUGUUGCGGUCGUCUUCGACGAGGAAGACGAGGAUGAUGAGCGAAUGGGCACUGUCACCGAGGUCCGAGACGAGGAUGACCUGACCGACGAUGAAGAGCCAGAUGAACAAGAAGCUCCCGAUGUCGAGGCUGCGACGACCGAGAAGGCAAAUAUCGAAGGUCUUGAGGCUGAGGAAGAAAUGGUCAUCGACGGUGGGCUAGAUCGCGCCGACCAACGACGGGAUAAGCACUUGAUAGUUCCUGCCCGGCAAAUCGACGCUUACUGGUUACAGCGUCAAAUUGGUUCUGCGUAUACCGACGCUCAUAUACAGCAGGAGAAGGCCACACAGGCUCUGGAAAUACUUGGUGGCAAAGCGGAGGACGGCACAGAGAAGUCCCUGCGAGACGUGGAAAACGAUCUGAUGGAACUUUUCGAUUAUGAGCAUCCAGACCUUGUCGCCAAAUUCGUCAUGAACCGUGAUAAGAUUGUGUGGGUAACGCGUUGGCGCAGGGUUGCCGAAGAUGCCGAUGCUCGCCAUCUCGUCGAAAGUGAGAUGGUUGAGGCUGGCCACCGAGCUAUUUUGGACGAAAUUCGAGGCAAGACGGUUCGCGAUGAAGCGGCAGGUCGUCCCGAGAAGAAGAUCAAGCUCGAUCUGAUGGAUGUCGAUGUCCCUAGCGCACCGGCUCCCGAGCAGAAGCCUGCAGAGAGUGGCUUGGUCGGCGGUCUGCAGCCCAAGAGGCUGAUCAACCUGGAGAACCUUGUCUUCCACCAAGGCAACCAUCUGAUGACCAACCCGAAUGUCAAGCUACCUCAAGGUUCCACCAAGCGAACAUUCAAAGGAUACGAGGAGAUUCAUGUACCACCGCCGAAACCCAAGCGAGACCCUGGGGAGAAGAACAUUCCCGCCACUGAGCUGCCUGAAUGGGCCCGUAUCGGCUUUGGUAGUGCCAAGGAGCUCAACAGAGUUCAGACCAAGUGCUACCCGGCUGCCUUCCACGAUGAUGGCAAUAUGCUUGUCUGUGCUCCUACGGGAUCUGGAAAGACGAAUGUUGCCAUGCUUACCAUUCUUCGCGAGAUCGGCAAGAAUCGCAACCCGGAGACCGGAGAGAUUAUGCUCGAUGACUUCAAAAUCAUUUAUAUCUCUCCCUUAAAAGCUCUGGUCCAGGAGCAAGUCGGCAACCUCGGCAAACGGCUCGAGCCAUACGGCAUUCGAGUUUCUGAGCUGACUGGUGAUCGCCAACUCACAAAGCAACAGAUUGCUGAAACCCAGCUGAUUGUCACGACUCCCGAAAAAUUUGACGUCAUUACCAGAAAAGCGUCGGAGACGAGUUACAUCAAGCUCGUGCGUCUGAUUAUCAUCGAUGAAAUUCAUUUGCUUCAUGACGAGCGAGGGCCCGUCAUUGAAAGUAUCGUUAGUCGGACAAUUCGGAAGGUAGAGCAGACCGGAGAACCUGUCCGCAUCGUUGGUCUCAGUGCAACUUUGCCAAACUACCGUGAUGUAGCCAGCUUCUUGCGAGUCGACCCCAAUAAGGGUCUGUUCCACUUUGAUGGUUCUUAUCGACCAUGCCCGUUGAAGCAGGAGUUCAUUGGUGUCACCGACAAAAAAGCUAUCAAGCAGCUGAAGAUGAUGAACGAUAUUUGCUAUAACAAGGUUCUAGAGCAAGUCGGGCAGCGAAGAAACCAGAUGCUCAUCUUUGUUCACUCUCGAAAGGAAACGGCGAAGACGGCCAAGUAUAUCAGGGAUAAAGCAUUGGAGAUGGAGACCAUUGGCCAGAUUUUGCGUAGCGAUGCUGCAAGCAGGGCUAUUCUAGCGGAAGAAGCCGAGUCUGUCGACGAUGCAUCGCUGAAAGACCUGUUGCCAUACGGCUUCGGUAUCCACCAUGCAGGACUGAGUCUUGCUGAUCGUGACUCCGUCCAAGCGCUGUUCGCUGAUGGCAGCAUUCAAGUCCUCGUAUGUACGGCAACUCUUGCCUGGGGUGUCAACCUUCCCGCACAUACCGUUAUUAUCAAAGGAACUCAGGUAUAUUCACCAGAGAAGGGUAGCUGGGUUGAGCUUAGUCCUCAGGAUGUCCUCCAGAUGCUGGGACGAGCUGGUCGACCUCAAUACGACACGUUUGGCGAAGGUAUUAUCAUCACAUCCCAAACCGAAAUUCAAUACUACCUCUCCCUCAUGAAUCAGCAAUUGCCGAUUGAAAGUCAGCUCAUGAGCAAACUUGCUGAUAAUAUGAAUGCCGAGAUCGUUCUUGGAAACGUCCGCAACCGCGACGAGGGAGUGGAGUGGCUGGGUUACACUUAUCUUUUUGUCCGUAUGCUCCGCUCGCCUGGCCUGUACAGCGUGGGCGCCGAUUAUGAGAACGACGACGCGUUGGAACAAAAGCGAGUUGACCUUGUUCACUCCGCAGCCGUCAUCUUGGAACGGGCCGGACUUAUCAAGUAUGACAAGAAGACUGGACGCCUGCAAUCCACAGAAUUGGGACGAAUUGCUUCGCAUUACUACAUUGGCCACAAUUCCAUGUUGACCUAUUCUCAGCACAUUCAACCAUCCAUCUCGACCAUUGAGCUCUUCCGCAUUUUCGCCCUCAGCGACGAAUUCAAAUACAUCCCUGUUCGCCAAGACGAGAAGUUGGAGUUAGCGAAACUUCUCGGUCGUGUUCCUGUUCCUGUGAAGGAGAGCAUUGAUGAACCUCAUUCAAAGAUCAACGUUUUGCUGCAGGCCUACAUUUCCAGACUGAAGCUAGAAGGUCUUGCGUUGAUGGCAGACAUGGUGUAUGUCACUCAGUCUGCGGGUCGUAUUCUGCGGGCCCUUUUUGAGAUUUCCUUGAAGAAAGGCUGGUCAUCUGUCGCGAAGACUGCUCUCGACCUCUGCAAGAUGGCGGAACGUCGGAUGUGGCCGACCAUGACACCACUCCGUCAAUUCCCUCACUGUCCCCGGGAUAUCCUGCAGAAAGCGGAGAGAAUCGACGUGCCUUGGGCCAGCUAUUUCGACCUCGACCCUCCUCGCAUGGGCGAACUUCUUGGUAUGCCCAAGGCUGGACGGACGGUGUGUGAUCUCGUGUCCAAGUUCCCUCGUUUGGAAGUCCAGGCACAAGUUCAACCUGUAACUAGGUCCUUGCUUCGAGUGGAGCUUACCAUCACUCCGAAUUUCGUGUGGGAUGAUGCUUUGCACGGAACAGCGCAAGACUUUUGGAUCCUCGUCGAGGACUGUGACGGCGAGGAAAUCUUAUUCCACGAUCAAUUCAUCCUCCGGAAGGACUAUGCGCAGGCCGAGAUGAAUGAGCACCUAGUCGAAUUUACUGUUCCCAUUACCGAGCCUAUGCCCCCUAACUACUUCAUCUCUCUCGUUUCCGAUCGGUGGAUGCACUCAGAGACCAAGAUUGCGGUGUCUUUCCAGAAACUGAUUCUUCCGGAGCGAUUCCCGCCCCAUACUCCUUUGCUGGACAUGCAACGGGCGCCCGUCAAGGCACUGAAGCGUGAGGAUUACCAGCAACUCUAUCCUGAAUGGCAAUUCUUCAACAAGAUCCAGUCCCAAACUUUCAAGUCGUUGUAUGAUACCGAUGACAAUGUCUUCCUCGGUGCUCCUACGGGCAGCGGCAAAACUGUUUGUGCUGAACUUGCAUUGCUGCGGUAUUGGGCAACCGGAAAGGGUGGCAGAGCCGUCUAUAUUGCUCCUUUCCAAGAAUUGAUUGAUCAACGACAUGCGGACUGGGAGAAGCGGUUGGGUAACGUCGGCGGCGGCAAGAAUAUCGUCAAGCUGACUGGAGAGACCACUGCGGAUCUGAAAUUGCUGGAUCAGGCAGAUCUUGUUCUCGCCACGCCGACGCAGUGGGAUAUUCUGUCCCGGCAAUGGCAAAGGCGCAAGAAUGUGCAAUCCGUGCAGCUGUUUAUUGCAGAUGAACUACAUAUGCUUGGAGGCUAUGGAGGAUAUGUGUACGAAGUAGUGGUGUCGCGCAUGCAUUCUAUUGCCCUUCAGCUAGAGAACGGUAUGCGCAUCGUUGGGCUGAGCGUGCCUCUUGCUAACGCCCGCGACAUCGGCGAGUGGAUUGGUGCGAACAAGCAUACAAUCUAUAAUUUCAGCCCUCAUGCUCGCCCCGUGCCUCUCGAGCUCCAUAUUCAGUCCUUCAGCAUUCCCCACUUCCCCUCACUCAUGCUGGCCAUGGCUAAACCGGCAUAUCACUCGAUCUUGCAGUUGGCUCCGGACAAGCCCGCGCUUGUGUUUGUACCCAAUCGCAAGCAGACAAGAGCAACAGCUAUUGAUCUAUUGGCUGCUUGCGCCGCUGAUGAUAACGAAGACCGAUUCCUUCAUGCUGAUGUGAAUGAACUUGCGCCACUACUGAAUCGGAUUCAGGAACGGACGCUGGCAGAAUCGCUCUCCCACGGCAUUGGAUACUACCACGAAGCUCUUAGCGCCACUGACAAGCGCAUUGUCUCGCAUCUCUUCACCAUUGGGGCGAUCCAGGUUCUCCUUGCUUCACGCGAUGUCUGCUGGGACCUGAAUCUCACGGCGCAUCUUGUAAUCGUCAUGGGAACGCAGUUCUUUGAAGGCCGCGAGCACCGCUACAUCGAUUAUCCCAUCAGCGAAAUCCUGCAGAUGUUCGGCAAAGCUACUCGCCCUAAGGAGGACAAGAUUGGCCGAGGUGUUCUGAUGGUACCGUCAGUCAAACGCGAGUAUUACAAGAAGUUCCUUAACGAAGCUUUGCCCGUCGAGAGUCAUUUGCAAUUGUACUUGCAUGACGCAUUUGUGACUGAGAUCAGCACAAGGACAAUCACUUCGACCCAGGACGCCGUGGAUUGGAUGACGUACACGUAUUUUUACCGCCGUCUCCUUGCCAACCCCAGCUUCUACGGUCUGAGUGAUAUUAGCCACGAAGGACUCAGCACUUUCUUGUCCGAGUUGGUAGAGAACACAUUGAGGGAGCUGUCGGAGGCUAAGAUAAUUGAUCUGGAUGAGGAGGAUGACAGCGUCUCGCCCCUCAAUGCGGCCAUGAUUGGCGCUUACUACAACAUUUCCUUCAUCACCAUGCAGACCUUCCUCCUGUCACUCAGCGCUCGCACGAAGCUCAAGGGUAUUCUGGAGAUUAUCACCUCAGCCACGGAGUUCGAGUCAAUUCAGAUGCGGAGACACGAAGACCACAUUCUGCGACGAGUGUACGAUCGUGUACCCGUCAAAAUGUCGCAACCCGCCUACGACUCGCCCCACUUCAAGGCCUUUGUUCUCCUACAAGCUCACUUCUCCCGCAUGCAGCUGCCCAUUGAUCUUGCCAAGGACCAGGAGGUCAUUGUCAGCAAGGUUCUCAACCUUCUCAGUGCGUGUGUCGAUGUUCUCUCAUCCGAGGGUCACUUGAACGCAAUGAAUGCUAUGGAGAUGUCACAGAUGGUGGUCCAGGCCAUGUGGGAUCGGGAUAGCCCUCUCAAGCAGAUUCCUCACUUUGGCCCCGAAGCCAUCAAGGUGGCCAACGAAUACAACAUCAAUGACAUCUUCGAAUUCAUGGAAGCGAUGGAUCCAUCCGAGAACAAGGACUACCCCACGCUGGUCAAGCGACUUGGUCUCGAUAACUCACAGUUGGCUCAAGCUGCCGCGUUCACGAACGAGAAGUAUCCCAACCUUGACCUUGACUUCCAGGUGGAGGAUCCCGAGAACAUCACAUCCGGCGAGCCGGCGUAUCUCAAGAUCAAGAUUGAACGGGAAGUCGAAGAGGACGAGGAACCUGACACCACUGUACACGCGCCAUUCUACCCCGGCAAGAAGAUGGAGAAUUGGUGGUUGGUGGUGGGAGACGAGAAGACGAAGAAUUUGCUUGCCAUCAAGCGAGUUACCAUUGGACGCAAAUUGGAGUUGCGCCUGGAGUACAUUGUGCCUACGCCUGGUGAGCAUGAGUUGACCCUGUAUCUGAUGUGCGACAGCUAUGUGGGCGUCGACCAAGCUCCUACGUUUACUGUGACGGCAGCUGAAGGCAUGGAAGAGGAUGAAAGCGAGGAGGAAGAGGAGUAA